AUGGCUAGGUUUCUUCGAUGUUUUCAGGUUGUGGCAAAUGAAUUUUUGGAGGAUGUUCUUGUUGGAAUUCUCCGGCAUCGAGAUGUUGAUCUUGUUGACAAAGUGUUGCCUUCUUUUCUUUUUUGUAAUGAAGAUUUUAUUGUUUGUGACUCAACCAUUCGGGACGUUGAGCUGCAUCGUGUGGUUGCUCAGCCUUCUCAGUCAGCUUCUGUUGAUGUUGUUGAGAUGGAUUCGUCUAUAAGGAAGGGUAUUGAGGACGAAAUUAUAGAGGACAGUAAGGAAGGUGUCCUUGUGGCGCCUGUAGUUAAACAUAAGGUCGUGUGGCAAUGUGUUGGGGGUAUUGAUGCAUGGAAUUUGGCUCUUGUUUGUCGAUUGCGUCCGAGGAAGUUAGCAAGAGGAACUUCUCGUCUUUUGGAGUGUCAGGAAGAGGUGAUUGAUAUUUCUAAGGACGGAAAAGUGGAGAAGGUUGUUGAUUGGCUUAUGAGAGAAAAUUCUUGUUCGUGUAAUUUUGCCCUACCGUUCGAGUUUGUUAAAGGUGCUUUUCCUCCUAGUACUUAUACUGAGAUGGUAGCUAUGUUGGAGGUUCGUUUACUUGAGUCUAAUCAGUUUGUCGAGGAGAAAAGGGUGUUGGAAGAAAAGUUCGCGUUAUUAGAGGGAGAUAAAGUUCCAUUGAGUGCGGCAGCUGGAACGUUGAAACAAGAAAAUGAAGACAUUGGGAUGUCUAUUGGUUUGUAUGAUGCAAGAGAACUGGUGUAG